AGUAUACAAAUAUUAUACACCAUACAAAUUUUUCUUUGCAUUUUUAUUAAAACACACAGUGAACAAAAACAGCCACACAGCGAAAAGAAUAUUGCAAAUACUGAUUCAAAGUCAAACUGUUAGAAACAAAACGAUAACCCAAGUGCCGUGCGUUCAAAUUUCUGCCUCCCAUAUAGUUGAGCAUAUGAAACAUCCAAUUUGGCAAGCGUGAGAGAUAUAAAAGGACCAACUAACGGGAAGCUAUAAACACAGCAAGCGGUCAGGGCAACAUUUUUAGGCAGCCGCAAGCGACUUCCGUGCCUGAAGAGAAACUGAAGAGAAACGCGACGCGUGACAAGAGUAACGGUAAAGUACGGUAUAGUGCCGACGGCAGAGAUUUCAUAUAUAUAUAUAUAUAUCUGAAUAUAUACUUACAUAUAUACGUACAUGUGUGUGCAUAUAUAGGCAGCAACUAGUGUGCCUAAGCCUGUGUGUCUUUCGUCUGUCAGCAACUCCCUCGACAAAGGCCAACAAAGUUCAACAAACAACAGGCCAGACACUUCAGUUGGACAAGUAGACAAUUGAUUAUUGAUUUUGUCUAAAGGCAACUUCACAGCUAGCGGCGGCGUAUAAGUAACGCGCGCGCUGACUGAAAGAAAAGGAAAAAACCUUUGCGGCCAGUGUUGUGCAGUGCAAAGCGCUAUAGCGCACAGUGUUGAGCAGCGAGCAUGAAGACUUACAAGCGCUAAGCACGCAACACACAAACAACCAAAGCAAACACUGCAAGUGACAAAAACAAAAUAACUCACUCGCACGCUCUCUCCCCCCUUGCCCAAUCUUUGGCUCUCUUUGACACCCACACACACGCACACACACAUCGCCAACAUAAGCCGUUUAAUUGAUAAAGUGCGCCAAAGCAACAAAACGAAAAUGUUCUUCUCGCUCGCCCAGACUCUGGUCUGCGUGCUGCUCAUCAAUGGCGGCCUCUAUGCGCUGCAUUUGAGCGGCAACAGCGAGAAGCAGGCGGGCACUGGCUCCAGCUCGGGGUCAGGCUCGGGCCUGGGCUCAGCGUUGAGCGCCGGCCAGGUGAGCGCCUCUGGUGCUUGGCAGCCGCAGCAGCAGCAGCAGUUGCAUCAGCAUGCGGGCGGCGGAGCGCCACCAGGCGGCGGGCUGGGCAGCAAUGGCCAUGGACAUCGCUCGGACGGACAUCGUUCGGCAGCUGCGGCUGCUUUCGAUGCGACCACGGGCCGUUUGAACAGGGAGAUCGCGGACAUGGCGCAGCUGGAGCGCGAGCGCUUGAUGCUUCUCGGUCUGGCCAAGCAGACGGCCGAGAGUCCCGAUGCGCCCGCUGGCCACCAUGGCCGGCCCAUCAUCGCGGGCCGCGUUCAAAUGCAGCCCAGUGAGGGUUUGGACGUGGGCGACUAUCCGGCUCUGUUGCAGCAGGCAGCUCGCGGCUUUAUGUUUGGCAGCGUGCAAAAGCAGCCGCCGCCACCGCUGGCCGCCGACGAGGACUACGAGCAGCAACGUGAGUUUGGGAGGCGUCCCGUUAAAUACGACUAUGGACGUGUGAUGCAGCCGCCGGAGCGUGAACUGGAGGGCGAAACCCUUUAUGAGCCGCUGCAUGGAUUUGGCGACUUUGAUGACUUCUCAGAGCUGGAGCCGAACGCCGACGAGCCGCAUUUGGGCGAGGAUGAGUUGCUGCGAGAGCUAGACGCCUAUCAGUAUCAUGGCUUAGAGGAGGAGUCGCUGCCCGAGAAUCCCUAUCGCACGGCAGAGCAGCUUGAACUGAGCGCACCCGAUGCCCUACAGCAGCUACUUGAGCAGGAGCAGCGCGAUGCGCAGGGCAAGUCCAAUCCGAAGGCACACACUCCCGGCAACUAUAACAUACGCAUGCAACAGAAGUGGGCCAGGAAACGCGCCCAGGCGCCCAGGCAGCCGCAACCAAUGCUCCAGCGCAACAUCUUUGGCCAACACUUCAAGCAGCAACGCGGCAAACUGGCACUGGCCAACUCGGAGGCCACGGCCAGCAAGCAUCUAAAGGCGGCCACACGUUCCGGCAGUGCCAGCGCCAGCGCCACCAAGCUGGAAAAGUCAACCCAGAACGAGAAUGGCGACGCAACGAGUCAGCAGCAGAACAAACAGUCGCACGAGUCACCAGCAUUAGCAUUAGCUACUGAUGAUGCACAGCAGCAACAGCAGUCGACCUCGUCCUCGUCGUCGUCGUCGUCAUCGUCAUCGCAACAGCAGUCGUCGCAGCAGGAGCAGAACAAGAAGGAAUCGGAUCAGUCGUUGAUGCAUCCCAAUCACAAGCGAUCAGGCAGCGCCGCCGCUGGAGCACUAGGUGGCUAUGCGUCGCCGCCAGUUUCCCACAGCAUUGCCAGCCAAUUGAUGCUGCGCACAGCGCGCGGCCAGCGGCAAUACGAUGUGCCACAAAUCGAGUGCCCCACCGCAAUGGAUGGCAUGGAACGCUUCGCAUGCCCCACACCGGAUCUGCAGGGACGCUAUCGUUGCAUAGAUGAUCAUGUGCUUUGCGAUGGCUUCAUCGAUUGCCCGGAGGGCGAGGAUGAGGACCGAAGAUCCUGCAUGUUCUACAAGACGACGAAAGCUCAUUUGGAUGUGUUAGCAGAUGCGUUACUACGCUGGGCGCGGGGGCGUUAAGUCCACACAAAACCCGCACACGAAGACACCUUGAUAAACACACAUACACACACACACACACUUGAUUAAAAAAACAAACACACCUAGAGAACCCACAUUAAAAAUAAAUUACAAUUAGUUUUAUGCUAAAUAUUUAACAUUAAUCGUGCAAACCUAUUAAGUUUAAACAUGGACAGGCACAAAACUCACACACACACACACACACACACACACACACAUACUCACACACAUACUAACCACUCCGCCUGCCCACACCCUCAAAAGUAAAAAAAGUAUUGAACAAAUUGCAAAGUUGUGGUAUGUAAAAAUCCAAGUAAAACAAGUACUAAUAAUGGCAACAAAUAUUUAAAAA